AGGAGGAAGGAGAAGAGAUGGCCACCAUGGGGCCCUGGAGUCGGGUCAGGGUCGCUAAAUGCCAGAUGCUGGUCACCAGCUUCUUUGUCUUGCUCCUGGGCUUGUCCGUGGCCACCUUGGCGGCUCUCACCUACUUCGGGGCCCACUUUGCUGUCAUCGGCCGCGCAUCCUCAGACAGGACCCCCUACGAGGCCAUGCACCGCUGGGCUUUCUACACCACCAGCAGCCUGGCUGGGCUCCUGGCCCUGGGUGCCGUCCUGGGUGCUGUAGCCACUGUGAGAGAGGCCGGGGGCCUCAUGGCCGGGGGCUUCCUGUGUUUUGCCCUGGUGUUCGGUGCCCUGGCACAGGUGGUCUUCUGGGGAUUCCACAACCCCACCCAGGUGGAGGACGCGGUGCUGGACGUCUACGACCUGGCGUAUGAGUGGGCAGCGCGGAACUUGUCCGGAGCCCCACGGCAGCAGCUGGUAGCCAUUCAGGACACGUUCCUGUGCUGCGGCAAGAGCUCCCCUUUCGGCCUCCUGGGGGACGUGGAGGCCAGUCUGUGCCGGGGACAGCAGGCAGCCAGACAGGACUGCCUGCAGGAGAUCAGGAGCUUCCUGACGAUGCACAGAAACGUCGCCUGCGCCCUGACCGGCACCGGCCUCGCCCUCACGGUGUACGCGAUGCUGCUCAGCUCCUUUCUCUGGUUCGCCAUUCGCUCCGGCGGCGGCUUGGAUCGCAAGUGCAAAUACACCCUGAGCCAGAGAGUACCCGGCUGCCAGGCCGCAGAGCCCAGCUUCUUCAGACACUCCCAGGACAGCCCCCAGCUACAGCCCCCGACUGAAGCAGAUGUUGUCCACGGCUGCCCGGGUGCAAGAGGACCCUCGGGGGCCCUCAGCUGCUCCAGGAUGACCGGCACCCUUUGAACCGACUGUCCCGCCACCUGUGGGCCCACAGAGCCUCUGUCGGCCCAGACGUGAGCCUUACAAGGACGUUGUGAGGUGUUUCCUGCCACAUGGCGGAGGGACGGGGGUGGAGACGGGAGGAGGCCAGCCCAGAGCAGCAGGCUCUGUUUCAGUGGACGGAGGGGUCAGGGUCCCUCGUAGACCCUGUGGGGACAGGCUCGGAAGUGGUCAGAACAGAGAAGCCACAGGGCAGGCAGGAACGGACCCUCUGCCAGGUCUCACAAGGUCAGAGCCCAGGGCUGGGCCGGGCAGGGCUCCCCGCACGCUGCAGUCUCUGGGGAGCACACCGUCCAGGCUCAGCCGGGCUUUUGGCAGAACACGGGUCCAUGCAGCUGUGGGACCGAGGGCCCCCUACCUCACGGCCGUCAGCGGGGAUGGCCCUCUGCUCCGCAAGACCACGUCCUUUGUACGAGA